AUGGUAGGUUUAACUUCUAAAUAAAAAGAAGAGUUAAAUCUCGCAAUCCACGAAUACUUGGUAAAGAAUAAGUUCACGCAGUCAGCACAAUUAUUUGCUGAUGAAUCUUGCAUCGACCUUGAAAAUUCUCAUAAAAGUAAUGGAGGACUCUCUGCGCAUGCAUCAAUUAAGGACGUGCUGGAGAAAAAAUGGACUUCUGUAGCUAAGCUUAAAAAAUAGGUCAUGGAGCUGGAAAAACAGAAUAAAUAACUUAAAGAGUAAUAAAUUUGCGAGCGGUGUGGAGGGGGUUAAAACUUGCAAUAAAAUAGUGGAGGGCCAAUGCAAGGCACAGCAGGGGAUGGGUUGCCAAAGUAACCAGAGAAAUAUUCAUUAUUGGGUCAUCGACAGCGAAUUACUAAAGUGUAAAUACAUCCAACAUAUUCAAUUGUCGCAUCAUCAAGUGAAGAUGGAUCCAUUAAAAUCUGGGAUUACGAGUAAGGAGAAUUAGAAUAAACUAUGAGAGGACAUACAGGAUGUGUGAACUAUAUAGCAUUUCAUCCAAAUGGGAAAUUUAUAGCUUCAUGUGCGACAGAUUAAACUAUAAAAUUAUGGGACUUGUAGACACACACUGUAUAUAAGACACUUUAGGGGCAUGAGCAUGAAGUCUCAUGCGUAGAUUACUUACCAGGUGGAGAUCACAUAGUGUCAUGCUCAAGAGAUAAUACAAUAAAAAUCUGGGACUCUAGUAGUGGAUUUUGCCAAUAAACCAUCCCAGCACAUUCUGACUGGAUCAGAAAAGUCGCAGUAAAUAUGAAAGGUUCUCUUUUAGCAUCAGCUUCAAAAGAUGAAUCUAUUAUCGUUUGGAACCUGAAUAGGCUGAAGGAUGCUAAGAAUUCAAUUCAGCAAUAGCAAGAUUCUAUCAUUGCAGUUUUAAGAGAGCAUGAAAAUCAAAUUGAUUGUAUCGUAUGGGCUCCAACUGAGGCAUGCCUUGUAAUCGAUAAUGCUGACUACAAUAAAAGUUUCAUAUUAUCUUUGCAAAGCAGUCAAGCAGAUGGUGGUGAUUUAUCGAAUUCAUUCCUCACGCCAAGUCAAGAAGUAGGAUAGCCUAAUACAUAGGAGGAGAACAAAGAAGCUAUGCCUAAUGGAGGAAAGGAAGAAAAAUUAACGGCAAAAGAAAAAGUUUAGCAAUUAAAGGCAAAAAUGUAAGCAAGGAAAAAAAAGGAUGAGGGAGGAGCCCAAUUUGAAGAGGAGAAAAAGUAGCCUCAAAAUUAAGUAGUAUUAAGCGAUGAUGUGCAGCGCGACUAUCUAGCUUCUGCAGCCAGAGAUAAAGUCAUUAAGAUCUGGGAAGUUAGAAAUUGUCGUUGUGUUAUUACAUUAAGUGGCCAUGAUAAUUGGGUAACAGAUCUUGUUUUUCAUCCAAAUGGUAAAUACCUCUUAUCCUCGAGUGAUGAUAAAAGCAUGAGGAUAUGGGACCUGAGUAAUGGGCGUUGCUACAGGAAGCUAAUAAAUGCGCAUGAUCAUUUUGUAAGUACUAUAGAUAUGAAGGCGAAGGUUGUCGUCACUGGCAGUGUUGAUAAGACACUCAAGGUGUGGACAUGUCGCUGA